AUGACUGCAAUUCGCAAAGUCUUGAUACCCGAAUUCGGCGAUGUGGAUGUUCUGAAGGUUAUCGCAACGGAAUACGCAUGUUUCACCGGCGCGGAUGUCAACAUGCGAAAGGGCUUUUACCCUUUUCAAAAGAAGGCACCACUCACACCGGGAUACUGUCUGGUAGGGACCCCCGGCGACGCCGUAGCCGUUCUGACCAAGUAUGACGCCGAGGCAGAGCUUGUCAACCAGCCCGAGAAGUACUGCAUCAAGGUCCCAGAUGGCGUCGACCACAAGCAAGCAGCCGCACUUCCAUGCGACUGGAACACGGCGUAUGACAUGAUCACGAACACUGCCAAGGUCUCCAGGGGCCAGAGAGUUUUUGUACAUGGCAUGAGCGGCUCCGUGGGCACCGCCAUUACGAUCCUCAGCCAGCUGCAAGGCGCCGAGGUCUACGGCACCGCCAGCCAGCGCAACCACGACGAUAUUCGUCGCCAUGGAGCAACGCCGUUCGUAUACACGGACAAAGAGUGGAUCGGCGAGAUGAAGAAACUCGGCGGCGCGGACGCCGUCUUUGAUCCGCUUGGCUACGAGAGCUUUGAUGAGAGCUAUUCGAUCCUGUCACCAACUGGCUUCCUGGUCGCCUACGGGAAUAACAAGGACUCGCUUGUCGACGGAAAGCCAAGGAAUCCCGUACUUCCCAUAGUGAAGCUGUUUGCACACAAUCUGAACGUAUUCUGUGGGAAGCGAACUACGUUCUUCGGGCUCACGCGCGACUCAGCUACUUAUGUGCCCAACGUCACAAGGUUGCUGGAAAUGAUUAAGGAUGGAACUCUUACGGUUCCAAUCAGGAAGGUGUGGGACAUGGAUGACAUCCAAAAUGCUCAUCGGCAAUGGAGCGCCGGAAGUGGCGUCGGAUCAGUACUAAUCAAGGUUACCAAAGACUAAGUCGAGUUGAUGGGAUCAUUUGAAUUUUAGUUUCGGAGUUUCAAUUUCAGCACGUAGAUAGGAGCUAUGAACAAGGAUACACACCGCAUUACUACCUUAUGCACCUUGAUAAGCUUUGAACUGCUC